AUGUCCUCACAAAAUGAAGCUGAUUUUGACAAUCAAAUAAACACAUUAUCUUCACAUUCAUUUUUUUCUGAUACUUCAAGAACAAGUGAAUUACAAGAUGAUUUCCAAAGAUCAAAACACAAGAUUUCACUUAAACCAAUGUCACUUAUUGAAGCUAAUGAGUAUGUUGAAAACAAUAGAGAGAUUAUUAUGAAUAAUGUGGAUUCAGAAUUAAGAAAGAAGAUAAGAUCAAUAAGGUUUUGGAAGAUAUUUGAUAUUAAUAAAAAUCCAUUUAUUCCAUGUCCAAUAAUCAUCAAUAUUAGCUUGACUCAUGUUUUAUGUGAUUAUUUAACAGAUCAAUCCAGAGUCAAAGAAUUGAAUAUCAAAUCAAGAAUCCCAAGCACAAGUAUUCCAUACAUUUACAAGUUGUUGUUUAUUAUCCCAAGAUCAUUAUCUUAUACAAAAUUACUACAUACCAUUGGACCAUUGGCUGAUGAGAAUGAAAUCAAACAAAAUCUAAGCAAUAAGGACCAUAAAACUUUAAAAUUUAACUUGAUUGGGUUCGAAAGUGGAUGGUUGAAUGAUGAAAUUGAUGCAUUAGAGGAAAAAUUAGACAAGUUGUUAGAACCAAAAGAUGAAUACGCUUUAAAAGUACUGGUCACAUUUUAUAGAGAGUUAUUAUAUGAUGUUUUCAAAGGUAUGAAAACAUCAGAUGAUACAAAUGAUCCAAAUUAUAAGCUUAGUAUAAGCUAUUUCAAUGAUGUUGUUGCACCAGUGUUGGAAUUGUUCAAUUUUGCUAAUGAACAAGAUACCAAUAAGAGGGCUUAUAUGAUUAACAAUGCUACAAACAUACCAGUAAAACAAUUUUCGGGUAAAAGCUACCCAAAGUUUGAAACUAGAACUAAACCUGAAGGUUCAGGAGUUGGUAUUUCUAUUUUGAAUAAUCAAUUAAAUGUUGAUCAUGUUUUGAAUACACCAAGGGUAAUUAUGAAUAUUGAAUCUGAAAGUCCAAAGCUCUUUAAGGAAACUUCAAAUGAACAAAUAAAUAUUGCAAAACUCAUUAAAGAAUCUUCACAGUUUCAAGAGAUUAUGAAACAAUCGGUAAACCAUUCUAUAUCAUUAAAAUCAUCGUUUGGAGCUAUACAGGAUUAUGAAAAUACUUUUUUUUAUCUUCUUCCAAAGAAGGAUAACUUGAGUCUUGAGGAUUCUGAACCAUUAAGCUUGAAUUUCAUGAUUUCAAAUGAUAGCCAUCAAGAUUCACAAUCCUUGAGUCAAAUAAACAGAGUUGAAUCAAGACUCAUGUAUGCUAUAUUCAUUUCACAGAUUCAACAUUUUGAUAAACAUUCAGAUGCUAAUGAUGACGAACUUUGGAAUAUUUUGCGUCGCAAAUUCGUUGUGAAACCUGAGGGUCCAUCAAUUGAGAAUUUAAAGGUUGAACCUGGCACUACAGUAACUGACACAUCAACCGAUAAUACAGUGGUGAUAAACUCUAAUGUGGAUGAUUUUGCAAAAGAUUCUAAAACCAAUACUACGGAAACUUCUAAGACUUUUCCUGAGCCAGUCGUUAAAUAUAGUGAUAUUUUGAAGCUUGAAAAGUUUGAUUUCCCUUCACUAAGUAAUCUAUAUCUUGUCGAUUGCAAUGAAUUCCAAAAUUUAUUCAUCAACUACAUAUAUGAAGAGGAUAGAGACGAUUUAGAACGGUUUGUAAACCAGAACCCUAAUUGCAAAAUCAUAAUCAAAGCUUAUGUGAAAGAUGAGAUGAUGCAACAUCUAAUUGAUAGAGAAGAAUAUAGUUAUGUCGAUGAUUCUUAUUCGUUUAAAAGUGCUAAAGAAUAUACUGAAGAGUUUCUAAAAUACAAUGUUAUUAAUGAAAUAAGAGUAAACUUGAUACUAAGGAAAUACAAUAAUGAAAAGCUAAGAAAUAAAAAACCUGAUGAAUGUUUCAAUGUUCCAUUAUUCCUCACAUCAGGUGUCAUCAUUGAUGAAAACAAUUGGUCUGCACCUGUGGGAACUUUUGUAGCAUUCCAAUUCUUAGAUAAUUUGAUAUCAUUGAAAGAUGAAUCUGAUAUUAGUGGUGGUUUAAUCCCAGUAAUCAAGAAAUUGCAUUCUAUGGGUAUUUCUCAUGGAGACAUUCGCUUGGAAAAUGUUUCAAAAAUCGAAGAUAACGGGGAGAUUGUUUUGAUGGAUUUCAAUAGAUCUGAAGUUCUUUCGGACUAUAAAGAUGACAUCAAUUGGCAAAGGGGACUUAAAAUGGAUGAUUUUUCCGUAUUAGGGUCUCUCAGAUAUGAUCUAGGCUUGCAACAGCAAGAUGAUGAAGAUUUUUCAGAUGUAAUUUAA